CCUUUUGGAAUUCCUAUAGGUCAUCACUUUUAUCAUCCCCAUAGGUCACAUAGUUUAAAAUCCAUAUAGGUCUUCCCUUUUAUCAUCCCCAUAGGUCAUCCCCGUUCUCAUCCCCAUAGGUCAUCCCGGUUAUCAUCCCUAUAGGGCAUCACCCUUAUCAUCCCUAUAGGUCAUAUAUUUUAAAAUCCCUAUUGGUCAUCCCAUUUGCCAUCGCUUUUGCACAUUCCUGGCAGAUCCUGUCUGGUCAGAAAGGCUUUUGUGUUUGCAGACAUGGCGACUCCCUUGGAGACUCUCAGCCUCUCCCAGCUGCUGGAUCUCGCCAUCGGGAUGCCCCAGAAUGGAGCCGUCCACUUUGCGGCCCUGAGGAAACUGCUGCAGGCCGUGCUGGGGCACCUGGACGUGCAGUACCUGACGGCCCAGGAGCCGUGGACGGGCGAGCUGAGUGGCCCCUCACUGGCUGAGUUGGCCAGGGGCAUGAAGGACAUGAAGCAGGAGAUGGAAUCCUGCAGGAAACUUGUCUCUGAGACUGUCUCUCAGGAGAUUGGUGCAAUAAAGGCCGAACAUUCCCGUGUGUCAGAGGACAUCAGGAAGAUCCAGGAGGCACAGGCCAUGGCUGACUCCAAGCAUCUGCAGGAGAUUGACAAGUUAAAGGCUGCACAGUCCCGCAUGGCAGAGGACAUGAAGAAGGUCCAGCAGGAGCUUGACCAGGCCAUGGCUGACUGCCAGGAUCUCCGCGAGGAGAUUGACAGGAUGAAGGUGACACAGACACACAUGGAAGAUGACAUUCGGAGGAUGAAGGAGACCCUUGCAUCGAUGAAGAAGAUGGAGGAUGACAUCAGAAAGCUGAGGGAGGAUAUUGCCAAGUGGAAAGAAGAGAUCAGCAAGCAGAUCACUCAGCAAAUGGAGUCCGUGCUGCAGGAGACAAAGAGUGAGCUGAAGAAGAUGGAGGAGCAGCAGGAGAUGAAGAAUUCCAUGCUGGAGAUGCUGGUGACUGAGACAGCCAACCAGCUGAAUGCUCAGGACCAGCAGCUGCUGCAGCACAUGGAAGACUCAUUCGGCAAGAUUCAAAAGGAAUACAAGAAGCUCAGCUACAUCUCGGAGAGUAUCCAGACAGACUGUCAGAUGAAGCAGAAAGCUAUUGAGAUGCUGUUCCAGUCCUUGGAGAAGCUGAAGAAGGAAAAAGUAGAUGAGCAGAACAUGUUGACAGCAAUGGACAUGAAAGCGGACAAAGAUGCCUUGGGCAGCAAAGUCGAUUGCACUCAGUUUGAGGCGAGCAUGGAGCAAAUGGAUGGGAGGAUGCAGGAGAUGCAGGGCCAGGUGAAGGGACAGAAGCAGCACUGCAAUGAGCUGCAGCAGAAGCUCAAGGACAUGAUGGAAAACAAGCUGGAUCGUGGGGAGCUGAAGUAUUUCCGAAAUCGGUUAGAGGAGAUCUGGAAGGGGAAGAUGGAGGAACUUGAGAACAGGAUCUUGGGUGACAGCGCCGCUGGGCUGAGGAAGCAGCUGCCAGCCCCUUUCACGUGCCUGUCCUGUGACCGCCCGGUCAAAACGCAGGUUCCUGGCCCGUAUCCUGAGACACUCCCAUAUUUUCAGCCGCUGCCCCCCAGGAAGAACGCAGAGCAAAGCCAAAGGAGACCAGUGGUCAAUGGCAGGGUCCCCCGAGUGCCCCAGACCGGUGGGGACCCUGAGAGAUUCAGCCACGCGGUGCAGCGCAUCCAGCCUUGCCCCCGCCUCAGUGCACAACUGCAGGGCCUCAUGACACUCCCCAGCAAGCCUAAGGUGGACAAGAUGGUGGGACAUUGUGGCCACAGCUCCCAGGUAAAGAAGGACCAGCCUCCCGUGGUGGAGAGCACACGGGAAGAGCCAGGCCCUUCCACCUCACAGGAGCAACGGCCAGCCAAGACCCGCAAGACCAAGCACGUCUCCUGGGCACCACAGCUCACCCAGAUAAAGAUCAUCCCGGCCCGUGAGACGCCACCUCCCCCCAGUCUGCCGGACAGGACUGGGUGCCCAGCAGUGUCACCCAGGCCCCCUCGGAGGGCUUCCCAGGCCUCCAGGGCAGAGGUCUCGGCAGCUCUGUGGCGGCGUCUGAGUGCACCGGGACCUGCUCCUACACGGCCCGACCUGGCACGUCAAAUUAGAAGAGAGAAAAGUCAACAGCCUGCCAGAAAAUAAUUUUUGGUUUUAUUAAGUAAAUAAAAAACCGAU